AUGGGGCGCUCUUUGACUCGGACAACAUUGGCACUCCUCGCCGCGGCCCCCGGGGCGCUGGCUGCGGACCCGGCUGGGUUGUGGACGCAGUGCGGUGGUAAUGGAUACACGGGGUCGACCGAAUGCGUUUCUGGGGCUUAUUGCAUGGCGUACAACGACUGGUACCACCAGUGUGUCCCAGGACAGGCCUCGACCACCCCUGCCCCAUCCAGCACCCUCGCGACCUCGACCCGCACGAGCUCGACCACGAGCGCGGCCGCCAGCACCAGCAGCCCCGCAUCUGAUGACUGCUCCGUUCAGUUCCUCAUCACCUUCGGCGACUCCUACUCUCAGACGGGCUUCGACGUCGGGUCCACCAAGCCCUCCACGAGCAACCCGCUCGGCAACCCCCCGCUGCCCGGGUGGACCGCUAGCGGUGGCCUGAACUGGGUCGGCUUCCUGGCCUCGGAGUACAACAGGUCCACUCUCCUGUCCUACAACUUCGCCUACGGCGGUGCCACCACCAACGCCACCAUUGUGCCGCCCUACGAGCCAACUGUGCUCAGCUUCGUCGACCAGGUUGCCCAGUUCAGCGACAGCAUUGCCAGCAAGCCCAGCUAUGCGCCCUGGGGCGACAACGCCUUGUUCGGAGUCUGGAUUGGCGUCAACGACGUGGGCAACGCGUGGUGGAAGGAGGACUAUGACCAGGUCGUCGAGCAGAUCAUGGCCACCUACUUCGGACAGCUGCAGAUUUUGUACGAUGCCGGCGCAAGGAACUUUGCGUUGCUUACCGUGCCGCCCAUCCACCGGACCCCGGCGGUGCUCGAAGGAUCGGACGAGUCCCAGCAGGAGGCCGAGGCGGUUUCCAUUGCCAGGUACAACGAUGCUCUUGCUGCUGGACUGGCCGCGUUCGAGGCUAAGAACACGGGUAUCACGUCUAAGAUCGUGGACACGACUGCCCCGUUCAACACUGCGCUCGACAACCCUACCGACUACGGCUCUCCCGACGCCACGUGCUUCAACGAGAACGGCAAGUCAUGCUUGUGGUUCAAUGACUAUCACCCUGGUUAUGAGAUCAACAAGCUUGUCGCGGAGGCUGUUGCGGAUGCCUGGAAGGGGAGCUACUUCUAG